AUGGGAUCAAUAAGAGGAUCGUAUGUUGAUGUGUUAAUUGAUGGCGAAUGGCAUCGUUUAUGCGCAAGUCUCGAUGAGACAGCACUAACAUUAAGUGUUAAUAAUAAUUCAGAUAUUAUUGAUAGUCAAAUUAAUUCUGAGAUACGUAUUGUACGUAUUGUUAAACAUGAUGGUAACGGACUUGGUAUAUCGAUCAAAGGGGGACGUGACAAUAAUAUGCCUAUACUUAUUAGGUUACUUCUAUUCUUCAUUUUAAUUCCAUUCUGUCGUGUUUCAUUCGGCUAUAAUACAAUCGGUUUCAGUAAGAUUUUCAAAGGAAUGGCAGCUGAUUUAACAGGUCAGUUGUUUGUUGGAGAUGCGAUAGUAGCGGUGAAUGGUGAAUCUUUGUGUGAUGCAUCCCAUGAUGAGGCUGUUAGAGCACUGAAGAAAGCGGGUCGAGUUGUUGACUUACAUGUGCAAUUCAUGCGUGAUAUGUGUGGGCGCCGAGAUAAUAUUGUUGAACGGAUCGAAUGGGAUGAAGAGUGUCAUGAUAGAAUGCGAACGAUUGGUUUGAAGUUAGCGUAUAUCACAAGAACGAGUUUACAGCAUGAGGAUGUCGAAAAUAGAAUGUUUGAAAUGCGAUCACCAUCCGGUCGAUAUGUUAUCACAUUCAGAUGUAAUAAUUCGGUGGAGGCGGACGCAUGGUUCGAGAGUAUUCACGCAUGUGCGAGUGCAUUAUUAACACAAGCGUUAGCACAGGUCAAUCUUAUGCUAGGUCAAAACCCUCAAGUGCGACGAAUGGGCUGGGUUUCUGAACAGGUGAUUAAUGAAAGUGGUUUGAUAGGUUGGAAACCCUUAUUUGCGGCGUUAACCUUGAACGAUUUGUUAUUCUACGAUUCGGUACCGUUGUUAAAAUCUGAAUGGGCAUGUCCUGGUGUUACACGACCUCUUAUUGCAACUCGUGUCGUUCAAACUACAUCCAGGACAGCGCCGGUGAUAACGGGUCUGUCGGAUGUGAUCUCAUUCACGACACGAACUGGCACACAACAAGGUGUACGCUCACACGUAUUUCGUCUCGAAACACAUCGUGAAUUGGCUUCAUGGGUUAAAAGCAUCGUUAAAUGCACAUACGAAGCGUGUGCAGAUACUGCUCAAGUAUCUUGCCCAAAUCGAAUGUUGUCUAACCAGUUGAAUUCAGCGUGUUCGUGGCAUGAUGAGCAAUGUGAACUGGUGCUCCAACUUGACAAA